AGGUGGGUGUGUGACACAGCUGAUGCACGCAUCCUCUCUAUGCCUCAAUCACCCGAUCUUUGCUACGGGUACCAGCGGCUGCAGCCUUCCCUGACCAGAGCCACACGAGUAGGCCUAGACUAUACCCCGGCUCCACCGUCGCUAUCUGCGAACCUCGAAUCUGGUUGGAACAGUGCCGAGGAACAGUGCUGCGCCUGCCGCUAAUAUGUGUGUCGGCUGGUGCUGCCUCCCUGCCCUCCAUCAUGGCACGUGUUGAGCGCGGGGGGAUGAGUGAGGGGGGGCGCCCCCAGGGCAUGGCAAUUGUGGCCAGCGGGGUAUUCUCCUCGACCAUCACUUCUGGCCAGCAGCAAUAGCAGCAGGAGAUCGCCAUGCGGAGCGUGGGCACCCGCACCACCCAGCAGAACAGCCUGCCUCGUGCCCCCCCACCACCCCCCUCCACUUCCACCCACAGGGGCAGGGGCUUGGAAGAUAGGAGUUACAGCAUCGAGAGGUCCUCUCAGCAACCUCCGCCCCUGACCCAUGCUAAGGGGACUACGGCUGACGAACGAAGCUUUGCCACGGUGGAGCACUCUUCUUCUUACUACGGCAGUGAGCGUCCUCCACCGCUCUGCGAGAGAGCAGAGCGAGAGAGGCCCCCCGCCCAUAACAAUGGAAACAGACAAGUCUCCAAUGGCAAUAGGGGCGUUUCCAAUGGGAACCGAGCAGCGGCAGCGGUGGGUAAAAGUGAAAGGCAGGUGUCCAAUGCAGUGUUUUUGAAUGGAGGCGGGCGGCGUGAUGGGCGGGACCAGAGGGAUGGGCGUGAUGGGGGGCGAGAAGUGCCGAGAGGGGCAGUGAGUUUGGACAUUUGCGGGAACAACGAGGUCUCGCUGAACAAUGAUCGAAACAGUAGCCAACAACUAGCUCAGUACAAGGAGGCGGGGGCCAGCGCAGCCAAACUGGAUAACCAUAACAACCCCCCCAACAUCCUCCCCAUCUCUGGGAAGCUGGAGAAGGUUCAAAGCAACGAUGGAUUGGUCCGCCCCUCUGCCUUCAAGCCUGUAGUGCCCAAGAGCUUCCAUUCCAUGCAGAAUCUGGUGUGCUCCCCCCAGACCGGAGGAGAGGGCCGCAGCGCUGGAGGAGGGGCUGGAGGUGGUGGGGGUCCCAGUGUACCAGGACCCCUCAGAGACACAGACAGCUCUGGCAGCCGGGGUGGAGGUACCAGAGGCGGGGGAGGUGGUGGCAGCAGGGGUGGAGGUCAGGGGAGCCUCUCCGACUCAGGGAGGAACUCUCUAACCAGCCUGCCCACCUACGCUGGCUCCAGCUCGGGCUACGGGCCCCCGCCUGUCCUUGGGCCCCUGAGCGCCUCCACCAGCCACAUAAACCGCCUGGGGACCACGGGGGCCCUGGAGAAGUUGGACAAGUCUGGUGGCGUUAGCGGUAAUAGUGGAUACCAGAACGGACUGAGCACCUCGGAUAGUGGUCGCUCCUCCUCUGGGAAGAGCUCCUCGUCCUAUCAGAGGCUCAGCCACCUGAGUGACGCCCCCCCGUCCCUCCGCCCCUCGCCCUCCUCCGAUGGCGUCAUCCAGGACCUGGAGGAUCGGCUAUGGGAGAGAGAGCAAGAGGUGCUCCACAUGCGCCGUAACCUGGACCAGAGUGAGGCGGCCAUCGUCCAGGUGUUUGAGGAGAAGCAGCGCGUAUGGGAGCGCCAGAUGGACGAGCUGCGGCAGAAUUAUGCCUCACGCCUGCAGCAGGUGACGCGUCGCGCCCAGCGCUCCCAGAGUGCCUUGCAGGCCCAGAUCAGCCGUCUGUCGCAGGACAAGCGACGCCUGCACGAGGAGAUGGCUGCGCUGCUGGCCCAGAGAGAGGAGCUGGAGAGGAAGUGCCUGGACUACAGGAAGGAGCAGGCUGACAUCCUGCCACGCCUGGAGGAGACCAAAUGGGAGGUGUGUCAGAAGGCAGGGGAGAUCUCCCUGCUGAAGCAGCAGCUGAGGGAGAGCCAGGCGGAGGUGACCCAGCGGGCGGGGGAGAUGGUGGCCCUGCGGGGCCAGCUGAAGGAGGCCAACGCCCAGCUGAGGGACUGGGAAGAGGCCAUGUUGGGCCUCAAGGACUCCUACAGCACCAAGAGCCUGGAGCUGGAGCGCUGCGAGGGGGAGCUGCAGAAGACGCUGACCGAGGUCUCUCAGCUGAGGGACAAGCUGGGAAUGUUUGAGGCUGAGGUGGUAGGGCUGAAGCGGGCCCUGGGUGAGCUCAGUGUGAGGGAUAGGGCUGUCGAGGCUAGUGGUGGAGGGAGCAGGGACGCAUCCAGGACCAGAGUGGGGCUUCCCUCGCCACACAGCCCACCUGAAGGCUCCGCCUUCUCCUACCCGGCCCUGCCUCCACCUCCCGUACCCCCCCCAGAUGCCAUACUGAGUUUGCAGAGCGAUGAGGUUCAGUGCCAGGAUGCCCACCAUCGCCAGGAGGCUCACAUGCGUCAGGAAGCCCACCAGCGUCAGGAGGCUCACUUGCGUCAGGAAGCUCAUCAGCGUCAAGAGGCCCAACUGCGGCAGGAAAUCCACCAGCAGCGCCAGGAGGCCCACCAGCAGUGGGAGGAGGCAGGGGACCUGCGCCGGCAGCUGGAGCACCUCCAAGGCGAGCUGCGUCUGGAGCGACAGCAGCGUGAGCGACAGGCCCUCACCUUCAAGAAGGAGCGCCAUGUGUGGAUGGACGAGAAGGAGCAUGUGCUCAAGUACCAGGCCCAGCUGCAGCUCAGCUAUGUGGAGACCCUGCAGAAGAACCAGGCCCUGGAGCUCCGCGUGGGCCAGCUGGGCUCCAAGCUCACCUCCACCAACACCACCCCCUCGCCCACCUCACCACCCCCACUGUCCCCCAUCCCCCUGCCUGCCCCCAUCACUCCCCUACCCUCCCUCUCUCUCUCCCCACCUCCCCUUGCUGAGGACAAGAAGCUCCCUCCCGCCCUCCACCAGCUGGCCCCUCCCUGGCCGGUACUCACCCGUCUGGAGAGGAUAGAAUCCACAGAAAUCUAGAUUCUAUGUGCUCUAGAUCCAUAGUCCUCCAGAACACUACAGAUCAGUUCAAUUCAGCUUAUACACACUUACAAUAUUUAAACAGUAUCACAUAUCAAUAGCAUUAAUUUUGUAGUCCUAAAUAGUUAUACUCACUGCUACACCGGGGCGGUCCUAGGACGCACUGCACUAUGGAUGGCAGAGAGAGGCAUGGAGGACCACUGGGAAAGGGGGAGGAAAAGAACAGUUUACACUGGUUUUCAAAGACGCUCUUCAAGCCACCCUGUAUGCAGGUUUUACUUCUAUUGAUCGGCAAUCCACUGAACAUUUAGGUUGGGGUGAAUAUUGGGGUCAAGAGUAACACACUAUUGGAAAAGCUAUUGUUGCAUUGUCAUUAGCAUGAAAUUAAUAUAUUAUAAAGUGAAGACAGUCUGUGGGAGAAAGAUUCUCCUCAAGGCAGUCUCUAGAAAUGAUGUGAAAUUUUAAAAUAUCAAUUUAAAUCAAGCCAAAUACUACAACUAAACAUGUACUACUACAGCUGUCAAAUACUGUAAAAGUAGGGAUAAGGAAACUACCCUGCAGAUUCUGUCUGGGCCUAUUUUUAAAUUGUCACAAUAACUGACAGUGUAAAGACCGAGAAUGUAUGAUAUAGAGUUUGACUUUUUUUUAAAUAAUUAAUUUCACCUUUAUUUAACCAGGUAGGCCAGUUGAGAACAAGUUCCUGGUCAAGAUAAAGCAAAGCAGUGCGACAAAAACAACACCGAGUUACACAUGGAAUAAACAAACGUACAGUCAAUAACACAAUAAAAGAAUAUGUAUACAGUACGUGCAAAAUUAAGUAAGGAGGUAAGGCAAUAAAUAGGCCAAUAGUGGCGAAGUAUUUACAAUUUAGCAAUUUACACUGGAGUGAUAUAUGUGUAUAUGAGGAUGUGCAAGUAGAAAUACUGGUAUGCAGAAGAGCAGAAAAACAAAUAUGGGGAUGAGGUAGGUAGUUGGUUGGAUGGGCUAUUUACAGAUGGGCUGUAUACAGCUGCAGCGAUCGGUAAGCUGCUCUGACAGCUGACGCUUUAAGUUAGUGAGGGAGAUAUGUCUCCAACUUCAGUGAUUUUUGCAAUUCGUUCCAGGCAUUGGCAGCAGAGAACUGGAACGAAAGGCGGCCAAAGGGGGUGUUGGCUUUGGGGAUGACCAGUGAAAUAUAUCUGCUGGAGUGCAUGCUACGGGUGGGUGUUGCUGAGAUAAGGCGGAGCUUUACAUAGCAAAGACUUAUAGAUGACCUGGAGCCAGUGGGUUUGGCGACGAAUAUGUACCGAGGACCAGCCAACGAGAGCAUACAGGUCGCUGUGGUGGGUAGUAUAUGGGGCUUUGGUGACAAAACGGAUGGCACUGUGAUAGACUGCAUCCAAUUUGCUGAGUAGAGUGUUGGAGGCUAUUUUGUAAAUGACAUCGCCGAAGUCAAGGAUCCGUAGGAUAGUCAGUUUUAUGAGGGUAUGUUUGGCAGCAUGAGUGAAGGAUGCUUUGUUGCGAAAUAGGAAGCCGAUUCCAGAUUUAACUUUGGAUUGGAGAUGCUUAAUGUGAGUCUGGAAGGAGAGUUUACAGUCUAGCCAGACACCUAGGUAUUUGUAGAAGUGAUGCUAGUCGGGCGGGCGGGUAGCGAUCGGUUGAAGAGCAUGCAUUUCGUUUUACUAGCAUUUAAGAGCAGUUGGAGGCCACGGAAGGAGUGUUGUAUGGCGUAAAACACAGCUUUAUCAACCUCUGUACAUAAAGGGUCUUGAAGAACAACAUUGAAUACUACUGGUGUAAGUGUCAGAUUUGUGGCAUGACUGUUGGGCAUGUGUGGUUACUGUAUGCCCUUAACAACUUGACCAGGGCCAGUUCUUCUGUUUAAUUCACAUGGUUAACAUUAGGAACAAGAUAUGAUUCAGGUAAACGGGGAGAUCCAUGCAUACAGCCUCACCCUGUGGCUUUAUUGGUGCUAUAAGAACACACCACCACACCAAAUCACUAAGGAAACAAACCAAAAGGUUAAGAUACAGAAGCUGUUUUAAGGGAUGUGAGAUGUGUUUUUCAAGAGUGUGUUGCAUUGUGUUAAGGGGGGGGGGGGG